AUGACAGUGAACAUUCUCAUAGUAGGCGCUGGCGCCGUCGGUGCAUUUUAUGGAUCCAGACUCGCGGUUGCACCCAAUACAGAAGUUUCAGUAAUCUGCCGCUCGAACUACAAAGCUGUGUCAGAAGCCGGGUUUUCAGUGACUUCACCAAAAUAUGGCUCGUAUACGUUUGCUCCUCAUCGGACUUUUGCAAACCCAAGAGAAGCAAUCGAGUCAAAGAUUUCGUGGGACUACGUUCUGGUGAGCACGAAAGCGUUGCCAGACGUGAGCGAUGAUUCUGAGAUCUUGGAGGGGCUGUUGGAUACAAGACGUACAAGUAUUGUUCUGGUACAAAAUGGACUGGGUGUUGAAGAUCCUUAUACCUCGAGAUUUCCUGGAGUUACAAUCUUGAGUGCAGUUACAAUAGUAAGCGCUGCUCAGACCGAACCGGGAGUCAUCAAACACAAUCGGUGGACGAGAAUCAGCGUAGGGCCAUAUCUUCCUGGUACAACCGAGGAGUCGACGACCAAAUCUCACCAACAAGCAAUAAACAGUAACCAAACAUUUGUUGAGCUUCUCAGAGCUGGAGGCAUUGCAGAUGCAGAUGCGUAUUCCCAUUCGAAGCUUCAGAUGGUAAGAUGGCAUAAGAUUGCAAUCAACGCCAGUAUGAACCCUUCUGCGGUCCUAUCAUCCGGAACAACGAACCAAGCAAUGUCUUCAGACCCGGAACUGUUUCGACAUCUGCAAGGUGUCAUGGAAGAAGUCUUGAGUACAGCUCCAAAGGUAUUAGGGACACCACUGCCAUCUGAAUUUGCGACGCCGGAAGCCAUAUUGAACAGUACAAAAAAGAACAACAGCGGCAGCAAACCGAGUAUGCUUUUAGAUUGGGAGCAAGGAAAGAGGAUGGAAUUGGAGGUGAUACUUGGGAAUCCGAUCAGGAUAGCAAGAGCACAUGGUUUGGAAAUGCCUAGGCUCCAGAGCCUCUAUGCUCUUCUGCGGAUGGCGCAACAGAAUAGAGAUUCAGCGAAGGGAGAAUCAAGUAGGCUAUAG